AUGUAUUUCCCAAAUCAGAUAGAUGAGACAGAGAAAGAUCAUUUGAGAAAGAAUAAAAUUGUAAGGAAAUUGUCAUUUGGUAACAACAUUCACCCAGAAGCCAACUCAAUAUGGAGAUCAAUGAAAGAUACAGGAGAAGUUGAUCACCAUGCAGAGCCAGAUUUUGGAAAAAAUGCAUUUCCUCUUGAUUUCAAUCCCCAUGGAAACAUUGAUUCAACUCCGGUAAGAAACUUAGGAGGAUUAACCUUCGAGGAGGGAAUAUCAUAUUUCAGCGAAACUCCACUCUCACGUGUCCGCAGGUCAGCUACUCCAUUAAAGCAUUCACCUUGGACAACUGAAUUUAUUAAUAAAGUAAAAGAAAAGAGCAAAUUGCGUCAAAAAUCAGUAUUGUAUGGGAAUUCCAGUUCUUAUUUUGGGUAUCAGGGGAAUGUUUCAAAAGCUUCUAAGAAGAGAAGUCCCUCUAUACUUGAUUCCUUUAGGUACCAACCUAGUAAAACACCUGGAAAUAUUCAGGAACAGAAAAGACAGAAGCAAUCCGGACAAUCUUCAAGCUCAGCCAAGAAAGGAAGAUAUCCCGUUCCCAUAUCCUCAUGGACUCCUAAUGACAAGAGAUCAACAAUGGCACUGACAUUUGGGAAGAGUGCAAAUGGAGCUCAAACUAAGCUCGUCUGGAGUGAUAAAAGAAAGUUUCCAAAUCAGGCACAAUAA